AUGACGUGUCGGGUGAUGUGGGUCAGGAAACUACAUCAAUUAUAUGCUGAAAACUCAAAAGAGAGAGUGGAAAUAUAUUCUAGGGCAAUCACUUCCCAAGACAAUCUCAUUGCAGUUGAACGGUUGUCCAAAGCCAAAUUCCUUGCUCAAACAGCAGCCAAGCUUCUCCAAAGCGCCAAACUUUUGAAGGGAGGUCUAAUGUGGGAAACACCUUGGAUCCGAUUUUUCAAAUCAUGUUCGGAAAUUCCAGGAGAAAAUGGCAUCCAAAACAUGGAAUUAAGCAUAAGAGGAAUGGAAAUCUCCUUAACUUCAUGUCCUUCCUUUUCCACUGGCUUGGUGAAAGAAGAGUUAAAGGACACAUUAAUACAUAUGUCUGAGCAAAUUCGUCGAAAAUCAGACCAAGUCACUCAUCAAGAAACGAAUGGAUCAGACUUUGCCAAUAAAUCCAUCUUUCUCCAUGAUGACACCAUGUCUCCUACACAAACAAGCCUGCCUGCAUUUUUCUUCUUAUUUUGUGCAAAAAUGCUGCUCGACAAUUCAUCCACAUCAUAUAACGAAGACACACAAAGACUUUGCCAUAAGAGCUGGAUGAAAAUUAGACCAAGAAAAGAAACAUUGAUGUUCGCGUUGAAGUGUUCUGUUUCUUUAGGCCUAGCUAUGUGGAUAGGCCUGUUAUUCGACAAACAAAAUGGUUUUUGGGCAGGGCUGACAGUAGCCAGUACUUUAGCACAAGGCAAAUUAGCAACCUUUACACUUGCUAAUGCUCAAGCACAAGGCAUUGCAUUUGGAUCAGUCUACGGAGUCUUGGGGUGUUCUGUUUUCCAAAAAGCCACUAACUUAAGGUUCUUAGCUCUUCUCCCUUGGAUUAUUUUCAGCAGUUUUCUCAAACAUAGCCGGAUUUCUGGCCACGCAGGAGGAAUUUCAGCGUUAUUAGGAGCUGUGAUGAUCUUAGGACGAAAAUACUCUGACCCUGCUAAUGAAUUUGCCAUCAUAAGACUAACAGAAACUUUUAUUGGAUUGUCUUGUUUCAUUGCGGUACAGUUUUUACUGAACCCAAAACGAGCAGCAAGUCUUGCAAGGAAUCAAUUGUAUUGCACACUGGAUAUUCUCAAAGAUUGCAUGAACCAAAUCGCGCAAAAAGACCAGCGAGAACUGAGAGGACUAAUCGAAAAACAAAGGAAACUAAAAUCCCAUAUUCUGAACUUGCAAAAAUUGUGUCUUAAUGCAGAACUAGAGCCUGAUUUUUGGUUCCUUCCUUUUAAUGCAACAUGCUACAAGAAGCUGCAAGGUUCUCUCUCAAAAAUAGCCGAUUUAUUUUACUAUGUUGUCUACAAUAUCAACAACAUGUCACAUGAUUUUCAAAGCCAUGCUGUUGAUUGCAAAGAGCUACAUGACUCUAUAUAUGAUGAAUUGGAGUAUUUGAAGGAAACAACAAUUUCGUUGAUAAGUACAUUUCUUGAUAAGCCUAGUUUGAUGAAGUUGUUCCCAGAUGAUGAUGAUCAAGAGGUGAAAAUACUUCAUGAUCUUGAAGAGGGUAAAUUGAGUAAAAAGAAUGAUGAAAAAACAGAAAGAGGAUUAUGUUUUUUCCUUGAGAGAUCAAAAGAGGUGAUUGAUGGAAUAUUGAGUAGCCAAGACAAACAGGAGUUAAAAGGAAAGACAAUUAUUUCAUUAUAUGCUUUGGAAUUUUGUAUAACAAGCAUGUUGAAAGUGAUCAAAGAUAUUAAAAUGACUAUGAAAGAAUUGUCGCAUAGCAGCAGUAGCAGCAGGAGGAGUAGUGGUAGUAGUAGUGGUAGUAGUAAUGGUAGUGAUAGUAGUGAUAGUAGUGGUGGUGAUGGUGGUGGUAGAAGUGGGAGUAGUAGCGGUAGCAGCAGCGACAGUAGCCGCGGCAGCAGCCGCGACAGUAGUGGUGGUAGUAGUGGUGGUAGGAGUGGCCGCAGCAGUAGUGGUGGUAGUAGUACAGCAGCAGCAGUAUUAGCAGUAGCAGCAGCAUUGUUCGUCGGAAAAGAUACCACCAGAAUUUCGUCAGUGCGUCUCCUUGCAGUUGCCGGACGCUGGUCAUCGGUUGUCGUCGAACCAACUAUUUUCACCGGUUCAGACCGAUUUCGCCCUCAAAAAGGUGCUCGAAGGAGAGGGUGUAGGGGAGAGGGAGAACUAGAGACUGGGGAGGUAGAGAUCGAAGGAGAGAGAGUAGACCUUACCUAUUCUGGGGCGUCAACACCAUCACCGGUGAUGGAGUUGGAGUCGCCGGCAGUCAAAAGUGACUGUUAG